AUGAUUGCUAGGCAGUGUGCAGCGAGUCGUGCGAAGAAGCAAGCCGGGCCCGUCCUCAGAACCAAAGUGCCGAACGCACCACACACACACAAUCCUGUAUCGGAAGGUUUGGGCGAGUUAACGAAGGAGCUCAUCUGCUGCCUUCCAGUUGAUGACGUGUUCCGACUCUCCUUUGCUUCAGCUGCCUGCGGCGGCCUCUGCCGAGUGGCGCUGCGCAGUCUCCGUCUCCAGGCCUUUGGCCCUGCCGCCGCCGAGGCUCUCCUGCGCCUGGUGGCUCUGCAGAUCACCGACCGAGGAGCCAGCAUUGUGGAGAUUGACGCUGCCUUCUGCCGUUCCAUCACGAACGAGACCCUCAAGGCGCUCCCAGUCCUUCCGGCGCUGGAAGUCUUAAACCUUGACGGGUGCCAGGACGUAGAUGACGAGGGUCUCAUCGCAGUGGCUCAGCGCUGCCGCUCUCUGCGGAGCUUCAGCAUUUAUUGGAAUGUCAAGGCCACAGACGAAGGUAUCGGCAAGGUGCUCCGAGCCCAGCCAUGUGGCAACCUGCAGGUUGCCCGGAGCUUUGCUUUAGUGGCUGCAAACUUCUCACCGAUGCCACGGUGCAGCGUGUUGUGGGGCGGGCAACGAACCUGCAGCGAUUGGACCUUACGCGCUGCCCACGAGUGUCCGAGAUGGGCAUUACGCUCAUCUGCGAGACGCUGCCAGAGCUACGCGUUCUGCGGCUCUACGCAAUGCUGCCUCUGCUCGAGGAGUUGGAUCUGUGCGGCUGCAGAGCGGAAGAUGCAGCAGUCGAAGCCUUCCUCGCUGCCGCAGAGCCAGGCCUGGGGGGAACGGCCAAAUGAGAUGCUUGCCGAUGGCCACAGUGGCUCCGCCGUGUGCUGUCCAGGAGCUCUGAACAUCCUCAACCUCACAUGGUGCCCGGCUCUGACGGAUGCUUCAAUGCUGGCAGUGGCCAAGCACUGCACACGCUGCCUGGCUGCGCAGCUAGAUUCAGCUUGCUAG